AUGAGAGGCUCGCAUAGUUCACACAGCACAGGCACAGGCUUUAGAACAUCGACGAUGUCACCGCUGCGUUGUGUCCGGCGGAUUGCAGACUUUAUCACGUCAAACUCAUUUAUGGUGCUGUUAACAACCCUCGUGCUGCUGUCCUGGCGAAGCGGAGCCGCGGCUCUCGCGAACUGUCCCAGCGGGUGCAACUGCAACGACGACACGCUGGUCGUAGUGUGUGAAGAGAGCCGACUGGAUGUGCUCCCUAUCGCCCUCAACCCAUCCAUACAGCGACUGAUCAUCCGUAACAACAAAAUCAAAACGAUCGAUAGCUCAAUGCAGUUCUACGCGGAAUUACAGCAUUUAGAUCUUUCCCAUAACCGCCUCGUCAAUAUACCCACAAAGAGCUUUGCCUACCAGCGUAAAUUGCAAGAACUGCAUUUAAAUAACAAUAAAAUAUCAUCUGUAACAAACACAACUUUUCAAGGGCUAAACUCCUUAACGGUACUUAACCUUAAAAGAAACUUCUUGGAGGAGCUCACCAAUGAUGUCUUCACUACCCUGCCAAGAUUAGAAGAACUAAACUUAGGCCAGAAUAGAAUAUCAAGAAUAGAACCCAGAGCAUUCUCCGGUUUGUCUGCGUUAAGAAUUUUGUACUUAGACGACAAUCUGCUAAGUUCUGUACCAACAACAUCAUUUAGUCUUUUAGGUAGUCUCGCAGAGCUGCACGUGGGCUUGAACGCAUUCUCUUAUUUACCUGAUGAUGCUUUCGCUGGCCUUAACAGGUUAACUGUUUUAGAUUUGAAUGGAGCUGGACUCUCAAAUAUUAGCGAAAAUGCGUUUAGAGGUCUCCCGGGAUUAAGGAGUCUUAAUCUCCUAGGGAAUAGAUUAAGUGCCGUACCCACGCAGCAAUUGUCUGGGCUAACAAGACUAGAAGAGUUGUACAUAGGCCAAAAUGACUUUAUCGAAUUAGAAAGCCAUUCAUUCAAAGGCCUAAAGAAUCUCAAAUUUUUAGACAUCACUGGAGCAACUCAGUUGGAACGAGUCGAAAAGGGUGCCUUCGAAGACAACGUAAAUUUAGAAACGAUCAUUAUUGCUAACAAUAAGAAGUUGUCUAUCAUAGAAGAUUGUACACUCCUUGGUCUACCAAAACUAAAGCAUGUAUCUUUAAGAGAUAACGCUAUUGUAACCCUUAGCGAAACUGUCUUUAUUGGUAAAGAACUUAAACAGUUAGAUUUAAGUGACAAC